UUUCUCGUAUGGAUUUUGUUAAAUUGUAUUUAUAGUUUUGAAAUUAUAGUCUUGUUAAUUAAAGUCAUGUCACUUAAAGUUUUAUUAUCCACCACGGAUAAUUUGUGUGUGCAGGCUUUGCGCCACUAUGGUAAACACAACAAAAAGUUUCUUUACAAAGAUGGCAAAAAAUAUGGAAAUAUCAUCUACUAUCCCAGAGAUCCCAACCAGCAAGACCCACCCAUGGAGCCUGCAAAAUUAUUCAGAGUACAACGUGUUAAGCCAGUUAAAGGAAAUCCCUACUGGGAGAAACAUUUACUAAAAGAAUUUGGCUUGGAUGGUAAACAAGGUGAUUUCACUGUUGUAAAGAAUAUCCCGGAAAUAAAUGCCCGCCUAUGGAAAAUCAAACAUCUUAUUAAAGUAACGCCCAUUACAUUUCCCCAUGGAGAGCCCUCGGAAAAUGACAUUAAACAUACUAUGCUUAAAGCUAAUGGAGAAUGUAUAGUCACUAAAGAAAUUGGUCCCGUUGAACAAAGGGUAGAAGCUUUGGAAACAUUUGAAAACGAUCCAAAGCGUCUGGAUACAGAGUUGUUGAAGCGGGAUUCGCGUCUUAAGUGGCUAAAUCCCUGGUAAAAGGAAAACCAUUUGUUUUGUAAUCUUCUUUACUUUAAUUAUUAUGCUUAGUAAACCGCUAAAUAUCUACAUAUAAAAGUAUAAAAAAUUGUAGAAAUUGUUAAGAUACAAA